AUGAAGAAUCCAAGCAGUAAACACCUUCAUAAAUCAAUAACCAUGAAACCUUUUCUCACUCCUCUGUUCCUUCCCCUGUUUCUGCACAUCAUCACCGUGCACGUGGCCGGUGAUACUUCUCCUAUCUACACUCCGGUGGAGGAUAUCACCCUUCAAUGUGGCUUUUCCGGCGACCAACUCAAUCCAGACGACACCAGAACUUGGACUGGAGAUAUCAACUCAAAGUUUUCCCCCUUUGAAAACCAAGCAGCUGGCAGCCCCUCCAUAUCCAGAGAAGCACCUUCUUCCUCCUCUGUACCUUACAGCACUGCAAGGCUUUCUCGCUCUGAAUUUACAUACAGAUUUCUAGUCGCCACCGGCCAAAAGUUCAUCCGCUUGUAUUUCAACCCAGCUUCAUAUGGCCCUGACUUCGACCGAUCCAAAGCCCUCUUCUCAGUCAAAGCCGCUGGCUUCACCCUUCUCAAUGACUUCAACUCUUCAGUCACUGCCGAUGCUUCUGAGUCUGAUACAAUAUACAGAGAAUUUUGUCUCAACGUUGAGUCAGAACAGAGCUUGAACAUCACUUUCAUGCCAAGCAGAGCAACUGCAGAUGCGUAUGCGUUUAUCAAUGGAAUUGAAAUUGUGUCCAUGCCCAACAAUCUUUACUACACCUCUGCUCAAAAUUCAGUUGGAGUUAAUUAUAUAGGCAGCGAAAACACAUUUCGGAUCGAUAACGGCACUGCGCUGGAAAUGGUGUACCGAUUCAACGUCGGUGGAAGAUCACUGGUUUUCAAUCAGGACACUGGUAUGUACCGAAACUGGGAUGGCGAGCAAGAAGAGCACAAGUACUUAGACGAUUUAAGCUCUAAGUUUAGUGUUUUACCACAAAACAGUAGUAUCGAACUUAGCUUUACUGAAAUAGCAGAGUACUCUGCUCCUGAAGAACUUUACCAUACUGGCCGGUCAAUGGGCAUGAACAAGACCAUAAACAAGAGCUAUAAUCUCUCCUGGAAUUUCCCAGUUGACCCCAAGUUUUAUUACCUGGUUAGGCUUCAUUUCUGCGAGUUUGAACCUGACAUUGUCAAUUCCAGAGACCGAAAUUUUCUUAUCUACAUAGCCAACGAUCUCGCUGAAGAAGGAGCGGAUAUCAUCAUGUGGAGUGGCGGAAAUGGAAGACCAAUUUACAAGGAUUACGUUGUGUUCAUGCCUGCAGGCCCUGGAAGCCAGAAGAAAGUUAAUCUCUCUCUCGCACUGCAAGCAAACCCAAACGAUUUUAUGACCAACUUCAACGAUGCAAUCUUGAAUGGGCUCGAGAUCUUCAAACUCAGUGACACAAAUCAGAAUCUUGCCGGAUCCAAUCCCGACCCACCUCUAACCCCACCAAAGAUGUCUCCGCCGCAAAGCCCUAAAAUUUCGAAGAAGAGUUCAACUUCUCUGAUUGCCAUCGUCGCUGGUGUAGUUUCCAGCGUACUUGUUUUAGUCUUCGUUCUCGGAAUUUUCUUGGGUUGCAGGCGAGGAGGAAAAGUCAAGGACUCAAGCUCCAGCCACGGAACAAAGUGGGGUCCAUUUUCUUUUUCGACGAACAAGUCAACCAAGACUCGUAGCUCGUCUCUACCGUCAGAUCUGUGUCGUUACUUCUCACUGGCUGAGAUCAAAGCCGCCACUCAAAACUUCAAUAGUGUUUUCAUUAUUGGCGUUGGUGGGUUCGGCCACGUGUACAAAGGGAACAUCAAUGUUGACGGUGGCGCAACCUCCGUUGCGAUCAAACGGCUGAAACCAGAGUCAUCACAAGGGGCCCUCGAGUUCAAGACGGAGAUCGAGAUGCUUUCGCAGCUCCGCCACAAUCAUUUGGUGCCGCUCAUCGGGUAUUGUACGGAUGAAGGUGAGAUGAUCUUGGUGUAUGAUUACAUGGCACGUGGGACCCUCCGUGACCAUCUCUAUCACACUGAUAAUCCACCUCUUGCAUGGGAUCAAAGGCUCCAGAUUUGUAUUGGCGCAGCACGUGGGCUGCACUAUCUUCACACGGGCGCAAAGUACACGAUCAUUCACCGUGACGUGAAGAGCACGAACAUCUUAUUGGACGAGAAAUGGGUGGCUAAGGUUUCGGAUUUCGGGCUUUCGAAAAUGGGCUCCACCACCGUGUCCAAGACCCAUAUCAGCACGGUGGUGAAGGGUAGUUUUGGGUAUUUGGACCCAGAAUACUACCGUCGUCAACAGCUGACGGAGAAGUCUGAUGUGUACUCAUUUGGGGUAGUGUUGUGUGAGGUAUUGUGCGCGAGGCCGGCUUUGAUCCGUACGGUGGAGAAGAAGCAAAUGAGCUUGGCUGAGUGGACCAAAGUCUGUCAUCGGAAUGGGAAAAUUGAUCAGAUCAUUGAUCCGAGCUUGAGGGGUAAGAUUGGAAAUGCAUGUUUGAAUAAGUACGUUGAGAUCGCGGUGAGCUGCCUCCAAGAUAAUGGGAUUGAACGGCCGUCAAUGAACGACGUGGUGUGGGGGCUUGAGUUUGCAUUGCAGCUUCAACAGAGCGGAGGAGGAGUUCUGAAUUUGAGUGAGGAGAAAAAGGGUGAAGAUGAGGAGUCGUUAAUGAGUGCUGCAAGUGAUGCGGGGUUUAGUUGUAGCUGGGAAGACUUGUCAUCGGAGUUGAAGGUUAGUAGGGUGACCAAGAGCAGUAGUGAUCACAAUUCUUCAACCAACGAGUCCAUGAAAGGAAUGUCUGGGAUAGUCUUCUCUGAGAUUAACGAUCCCAAUGGAAGAUGA